CGUUCCAUAGCAACCACCAAACGCCGCUCGCGCUCCGUUUUCACUUCACGAUGGGAGCCACUCUCUCAACAAGAGCUGAAUGGACGUCAGCAGCAGGCGGAAAAGGAUCUGGAGGAAAGCUUGAAUUUAGUAAGCAGAACGAGAGUCUGCUGAAUGACCUAGCGCGCUACGUCGACAGUUUGGUGACUGAACAUGAGCGGGAAGCAGACGUUCUCUUCAAGCGGCCGUUCCAAUGGAAGAGUCGCCUUGUUGCUUCUGAUUUUCAACGCCUGACGUCGGGAGACGACUAUGAUUUGUCAGAUAAUCUUGUUGCGAGUACUGGUCUUGCAAGUUCUGGAGAGCCACUUCUGCAAGUGAAGCAAGUCGGUGGUAGUUCUGAGAUUAGAGCUUGGUCAUUUAGACAGCUCGGCCAAGUUUUGAAAUGCGCUGGAGACAGAAAGCUUCAAGAAGUCCAAGUGUGUCUAGAAGAUAAUUCUGACCCUGUGGCCAACAUAAUGGGGCCAGCAUAUGCCUCUAGUGGCGGAGCAGGUGAUUCUAGUAGAGCUCUUCUGGAGACACACGAGCGAUUGUCGAGAGAGAGAAUGAGAGAUGGCGUUGGAGCGGACAGUGUUGACGAACUAGACAACAGUUUUCGGCUGUUGAUAUUGCUCAGUUCUAUGGACGUACAACUUCUUCAGUCGUCGAUUAAGGAGAUAGGAAAAGAGGUGAGACUGAAUCCUGGUGUCAUUGAAAACGAGGUUAACUUGUUGAAGGGUUUUACGGGGCAAGAUACACACAGUUGUCUCAGCUCUCUUGAGUUUACGACAAAUUUUGUGUUUGACAAUGGAUGUCGCUCUCCACCAUGGCGUCAAGUCCAGGGAGACAUUGCGUACCUGCAGAUUAAACCAUGUGAUGGAGACGUGUUUUAUGUCACAGCAAGCACAUUCGGUUAUUACAUUAUCAAGGGGCUUGAAGCUGGAGGUAAAAUCAAUCACGACCAGAUUGGCAAAGUAUUUCCCACACUAGUGACACUACUUAAAGCUCAGAGCCACCACUUCAGUCAAAAUAUCGAGAAACAGGAAUUCACGUACCAUAGUAGCGGGGACCAAACAGAUCAAGGAGCAGCAACCACAGUAGUUGGGUCUGCUCCAACUGUGCAGAUUGAUGUGCCAAAGGAAACUAAACAGGCAGCUGAAAAGACGAAAGUCCAAAGUCACAUAAAAGUUCGGAAAACGGAUGACAAGAUGAAGGCCAAGAAAGGCGCAGUUAUGUCUUUGCUGGGUCCACGAAGCAACGAGCCGACAAAGAAGUGGAAGAACCUCACUAGAACAGACGCCAAGGAGAGUACGAUUCCUAAAACAAAAUUGAUUCCUGAACCGACUAUGUCAUUGAAAGUGCAUGCGAGAUCAACAGGAGGAUCGAGUCGUGGUAUGCAUAGUGGCACUCGGUCAAAACGUUCUCUUCAAGACGAGUUGCUGCAGAGCGACAGCUCAACGGAAGACGAAGAGGAAGAAGUAUCAGAGAGAAGACAGGAAAUGGGAGAUCUCCCCACAGAGUACUGGCAAAUUCAGAAGUUAGUUAGAUAUCUCAAGGCAGGCAAUCAGGCUGCUACCAUCAUUGCUCUCUGUUCGAUUCGGGAUUUUGACUUGGACCAGGAGACGUGUCAAGUGGCGAUUCGAGACAAUGGUGGUCUUGAGGUUCUGAUCAACUUAUUAGAUACUGCGGAAGUGAAAUGCAAGAUUGGUUCUCUCAAAAUUCUUCGAGACAUCUCAAAGAAUCCUGUUAUUCGAACUUCUAUUGCUGAUUUGGGAGGACUUGAAACGGUUGUCAACAUUUUACAAGCCAGAAACAAGGAGUUGAAAUCGCUGGCCGCCGAGACGAUCGCCAACGUUGCAAAGUUUAGACGAGCACGACAGACCGUUCGUCAGUAUGGAGGAAUCAGCCGUCUAGUCGCUCUACUGCAAUGCGACGUCAUCACUGAUCCACAGACCGUAGAGGAAGAGCUCGAUAUCGCAGUCGCUAGAAGUGGAGCGCUUGCACUGUGGAGUUGCAGCAAGAGUGCAAAGAACCGAGAGGCUAUUCAGAGAGCUGGUGCCGUGCCGCUUCUUGCAAAGCUAUUGAAAUCAGAGAACGAGAGUGUUCUCAUACCCGUCGUUGGGACACUACAAGAAUGUGCUUCAGAUUCGUCAUAUCGUGAACUCAUUCGAUCGCAAGGAAUGAUAAAGGACCUUGUCAGGAACCUUACAUCCGAGAGUCAGGAGCUAGAAAUGCAUUGUGCCAGCGCAAUAUUUAAAUGUGCCGAAGACGAAGAGACUCGUACACUCGUUCGUCAGUAUGGCGGACUCGAUCCCAUUGUCAAACUCUUGUCUGCCGCAUCCAACAAAGAACUACUCGCCGCCGCAACAGGCGCCAUAUGGAAAUGUGCAGUCAGCAUCAAGAAUGUGAAACGAUUUCAAGAGCUGAAAGCUGUUGAGCAGUUGGUUGGGCUUUUGCACGGUCAGCCAGAAGAGGUGUUGAUUAAUGCCGUUGGGGCUUUGGGUGAGUGUGCUAAGGAACCUGGCAACCGCACAACGAUUCGUAAGACAGGCGGGAUUGGACCGCUGGUCAGCCUUCUGACCGGAACGAAUCAAGCUCUUCUCAUCAAUGUCACUCGUGCGGUUGGUGCAUGUGCACAAGACACGGAGUGCAUGACGAUUGUUGAUCAGAAUGAUGGAGUUCGACUCCUCUGGUCCCUACUGAAAUCACCUAAUCCUGAGGUUCAAGCAUCAGCUGCUUGGGCUAUCUGUCCGUGUAUUGAAAAUGCUAAGGAUGCUGGUGAAAUGGUACGAUCAUUUGUCGGCGGCUUGGAACUAAUAGUGAGUCUAUUGAGAUCAGAAGACAGAGAGGUUUUAGCAAGUGUAUGUGCAGCUAUCGGAAACAUCGCAAAAGACGAAGAGAAUCUAGCGGUCAUCACAGACCACGGCGUUGUACCAAUGCUGGCCAAGCUAACCAACACGACUGACGAUCACUUGCGCAAACACUUGGCCGAGGCCAUAGCCAGGUGUUGCAUGUGGGGAAAUAAUCGAGUCGCAUUCGGUGUUCACGGUGCCGUCGCUCCGUUGGUCAAAUAUCUGCAGUCACCCAGUCUGGACGUGCAUCGUGCGACCGCCAAGGCGCUCUACCAGCUGUCACGUGACCCCAACAACUGCAUCACGAUGCAUGACAGCCUCGUCGUCAAGCCCCUACUGAAAAUGAUCGGAUCAACUGACGAGAUCCUCCAAGAGGCAUCGGCUGGUUGCAUCGCAAACAUUCGUCGUCUGGCUCUCGCCAACGAGAAGGCACGGUACGGUUAGAAAUGAGAAAACAUGGAACGUGACCGUGUGUAGCCUCAUUU